AAAGAAUAAUAUUUUUGAAAUUUAAUCAAAGUGUAUAAAAAACAAUGCCUAAGCGUUCUGCUUCUUAUCACGACAAUAAUAUAUCAAAACUAUCUGGUGUGCAGCAUGAUGUUAUGUCAAAGCCAUCUGGUAUGCAGGAUGCGAAGGUUAAAAAAAUUAAAAUUAAAAACGAUCUGAACUUAGUUUUAACUUCAGAGGAAAUUAAACAAAAAGUUGCUGAAGCUUUCAGCACUUCGAGUGAAUUUAUACAUGAAGACAUGCACUUUUUUACUGAUCCCUUUCCAUGCUGCACAAUUAAAAACUUCCUUAAAAAUGUGGACUAUGUAAACGAAUUAAAAAAUGAACUUCUUCAGUUGGAUUUCAUUCCAAAAUCAAAUGAUUUAUAUCAAUUCAAGCAAAGCAGAGAUUUAAACAAUGCCAAAUCUAAAAAUAUAGCAAUAUUAAGAGAACAGUUGUUUGGUUUGUUUAGAACCUGGUUAAAAGAUGUGACAAAAAUUAGUUUAAACAAUACUGUUGAUAUGUCAUGUGCUAUUUAUGAAAAUUCAGAUGUUCUUCUAUGUCAUGAUGAUGAACUAGAAGGUAGACGCAUUGCAUUUGUUUAUUAUCUUGUUCCUCAAGAUUGGAAUGCAAAUGAUGGAGGUUCGUUAGACUUGUUUGAAACCAACAGUAAUGGUGAACCUUCGGAUAUAAAAAGAAUAUUGGUGCCUUCAUUUAAUAGUCUUGUUUUUUUUGAAGUAACAGAAAAGUCAUUUCAUCAGGUUUCAGAAGUUCUUUCAAAUUCAAAAUCAAGAUUGACAGUUUCUGGCUGGUUUCAUGGAGAAACUCAACCUCGAUCAAAUUUUACCAUGCAGCCUACAAGAACUAUAUAUUUUCCUUUGGACGCUGAAGAUGAUUUAUUACUUGAGUGGAUAAAUCCUAUUUAUUUGAACACGGAAAUUGUUGAUGAUAUUCAAGAACAAUUUGAGGAGGAAUCGGAAAUUCAAUUAAAAGAUUUUCUAUUGAAUGAAAAAUAUAUAAAGCUUGAAGAAAUUUUGUCUCAAACAAAAUUCUCACGAAAAUUUAUAGCCAAUCAGAGGUUGACCUACGAUUUUGAAGAAGACAACGUUGAUACUUUUCUUGCUCAAUUUCUAACUUUGCUGAGGUCGCGACCAUUUUAUAAACUUUUGACAAAGUUGACGGGAAUCGAACUCGUUGACUUAGAAAAUGUUGAACCUAAUCAUGACGAAACGCAUGGAACUGAAUCAUUCUCAAAAAGCAAUAAAUCUACUUCAUCGUCAUGUGUAACAAACGUACGCAAGUGGCAACACGGUUGUUACACGUUAGUCAGCGAUUUUGACCCGUGUGGAAAGGAAUUUGCUAUGGAUUUGAUCCUUUCUUUUUCUUGUGAUGAUUGGAAUGCUUUGAUGUGUGGUGGAUUUGUAAGCUACAUUGCUAGAGAUGAAGACGAAGAGCUUCUCUCUGUCCACCCAGUAUCUAACUGUUUGUCAUUGGUUUAUCGAGACGAUGAGACAAUGCGUUUUCACAAAUAUAUUAACAACAAAGUCAAGGAGCAAACGAGGCACGAGUAUUUUGAAAUCUCUGCUAUAUAUUUUGAAGGAAAAAACUAAAUAUUGUGUUUAAAAUUUUAUCUGAAUAAACAAUAAAUCGGCAACACCGCUAUCACCAUUAAA